UGUUAAAUUAACAGGGCCAGAUGAUAAUAUUUUAAGGCGAAGACAAAAGUAGUAGAAGGAAAACUCUUUACUCUUGAGUGUCUUUGACUGACAGUUGCCGUGCGGGGGAGAGGCCCGCCCCCUGGUGGCGGAGCGAUAUACGACAGUGUACCGUUUCUACUUGAUCACGUUGACCUGUGGAUGACCUAUUCAAAACGGACAGAAGAAAUCAAGAGAAAAAUAAAUACAGUAUUUUCUGUUAAUGUUACUUUGACGUACACCAACGUUGAACAAAACCAAUGUUAUUUCUUUGACGUAUGAACGGAUUUUAUAGGGAGCGUUGAGACGGUGAGUGAAACCGAGGUCCGUCACCUGCCCGCGUUUAUGUGUAACGCCGUGACCGCCAGCCGACACAAAGUAGUUCGAACUGCUCCGGUUGCUUUCGGAUGUUUAUUAAUAGUCGAUAAGGUGAAUGUUGAUGCAUGUUAACUCACAGCUGGUCUCAUGUGCGACUAGUUUACUCCUCCAUGCUCUGGGCCGUUGUCUUUUGCAGUGCUAGCUGGCUGCUAGCAGUCAUGCUAACCCGCAGGUGUGCAGAUUAGCAUUAGCGAUAACUUCAAACGUUAACGCAGGAGUUUUUGUUUUAACCUUUGAGUGGUCCUUGAUAACUAUACUAUCAAUCCACUGUCAUGGAAGACACAAACUAAGCCUUCUAAUACCACUACUAAUUGUUCGAUUAACUUAACGUUUAAUGUGCAAAAUGUGACGUUAUUAAUCAUACGGUUCUCCUCCCAGAUACGAAUUUAACGUUAGGCCAUGAAAGUACAUCUAAAUAUAGUUACAGUACUAAGUAUAAUAGUAUACACAUUCAAAUACAAAUAAAAUAAGUACAACAUCUCAAUUUAUCAUAUGUAUGAUGAGAGGACUGCGAUAAUAAAAACCUCCAUAUUCUGUUCAUCAUUGUUGGUGACAAUGUGCAGUUUUUCUAUGUAUUCAAGAAAAUAAUGUGUUUAAAACACAGAGAAGAUCCCAGUCAUGAUAUCCCAUCAAUUUAACACAGAGCAAGCUUAUGUCAUUUUAUAUUCAUUGGAUAGUAUUUAAGUGUAUGGAAUUUAUAUUUAAUCUCUAAUUGAAGGUCUUGGGUUACGUUUGUUUGACGUAUUUUCUGCAAAAUCUGCAAAUCUUUCCCAAUCUUUAUUAAUUCAUCCUCCUCUGAAGGUAACGGGAAGAUGUGGUGCUACCAAAAACCGGGGUUCCAAGCCCUCCUCCUCGCCGAGCUGCAGAGACAGCAACAGGGCAGCCAGUUCUGUGACACUCUGCUCAAAACAGAAGGUGUAUCGGUUCCAGCGCACAGUUGUAUCCUCUCAGCCAUCAGCCCCCACAUCUCCUCCGCUCUGUCCUCGGCGCCGCCGCUCCCCGCGGGUCAGAGCCGGCUCCUGGAGUUUCGGGCUCUCGGCGCCUGCACUCUGCUCAACGUGGUCCGGCUGCUGUACUGUGGAGAGAUGGCAGGGGAGGGUGGGGAGGAGGAGAAGCAACAGGCUGUUUUGGCUGCCGCCAAGCUGGGCAUCCACGGGCUGGUGGAGGUCACAAAAGAAAGACGCGGUGAGGGCCGAUGCGACGAAGGCCGGCGCACAGGGAUGAGUGCGCAGACGGAGGCGCCCGGGAGGAAUGAAGGGAAAGACGGCAGGUGGACGAGAGAAGUGACAGACGGGAGUGUCUACCUGUGGAAAGAGACGCCGUCAAACGGUAAAAGAGACACGUGGACUCAGACGGAAGCGUUGCAAGUAGAUUCCGAUCCUCCGUCGCACACCGCAGCCUCAUUUGAGACCAUCGAUAUGGCCGCCUUCCAGGGUUUAGGACAAGGUGAUUCCCAUCUGGCUCUCCCUCAAAUUCCCUACAUCCCCAUUUCCCUCAUCUACCCACCAGAUGAAAACCAAAUGCACCCUCCUCCAUCUGCUUUCGCGAACCCCACAGGAGCUGGACUCCCUUUCGGGGCGCCGCCGCACACCUUGGACCCAACGGCCCCUCUUCUGUACUCCAGCCAUGUGGCCACAGGCCCCGUUGACCUUCAGAGCUUGUGGGCUGGCACUCAAGGAGCCGCCAGUGAUGUCACAGCAGCGAAAGAAAGGGGGGACAAGUGGUUGGAGCAGUUUGAAGGCAACAUCCCAGGAUACAUCAGCUACUUCCUGAACCCGGACAUGGAGGAGGAGGAGGGGGGGUGCUUUGUUGGAGGGCGAGCUAGGAGGAGGCGGGGUGCUGGGCAGGGAGGCGCCAGGAGGACUGGGACGGGUGAGAGGAGAGCCAGGAGACCACGAGCCAAAGCGGGAGGGAGAGGAGGGUUUGCGCAGACAGUGGACUUGCAGGAAGUGGGGGUGAGCAGGCUGCACAAGGUUUUCCUGCAGAGGUCAGGGCCGUCCAGAGCGGGUCAGGGGGGAGGGGCCGUGGGCAGGAAGCUGAACCUGAAGACCAGAGAGCUGCUGAGGUCGACCAAGACGAGAAGAAGGCGCGGAAAAGUGUGGGAGUUUAGCCAGAGUGGAGACGUGUUGACCAACAGCGAGUGUGGGGGAGCAGGAGGAGGAAGAGGAGGAGGAGGAAGAAGAGGAGAAGGAAGCAACACGCAGAAGUUUAACCAGGAUGGUCAUCCUGUUGCCACGGCGAGGAGGGCAAGGACCAAACCAGCAGCAUCCGUUUCCUUUUCUUGCCCUUCUCCCUCACCCGCAGCCUCCACCCGUCCUCCAUCCUUGUGCCUCCCUCCUCCGGCUCCCCCCCCCAAUGAGGAGCAGCCAGAACACUUUGAUCGUCUCCUGGAGGAAGUGAUGAUGGGCCUGGACAUUUUACCCAUCAGCAACAGCACUCCACAUCCUGCACCAGCGGUUGGCGGCGGUUACUCCACCUGUGGUGAUACCUCGGUCCAAAACAAAGGACGCACGCGAGCCCCAAGUCGGGGUCUCCACGGGUCCACGCGGGUUACGGCUAAAGCAAGAGAAGACGGCGAGCAACCGGUUCUGCAGCAACAAGGCGAGGGAGAGCUGAGCGAGAUGCUGGAGCACUUCCUUCAGUCCUUCGAGCAGCAUGUCGACAGCUGCACUGCGAGGGCGGCGGAAGAGGAGGGUGGGGAGAGCUGCCAGGCCACGCCUCCCAAAAAUACCGAGGAGGCACAGGUGAUAAGAGCGGCGGCAAAUAAACGGAGGAGGUGGAAAAAAAACAAGUACCCGUUCUCACGGGAGAGAAAGCGGGCAGGGAAGCUGGCGGCUUUGAGCGCCGCAGAUGCCGCUGCCGCCGCCGCCCGGAGGGACGAGCAGCUGCGGCAGCUUCCCGUGGUGAAACUGGAGAGGAGCGGCCCGCUGCCAGACCGGGUCAUACUGCACAAACUCAGCUGUCCGGAAAUCAAGAGUCCUACAAAAGCAAAGGCCGGUUCCUCGUCAGUGAAAUACCCGCAAGACUCCUUGAUCAUAAAGACUUACCCAAUCAGGAGCAGGUUAACAGGCGCACAUGGCACAAGGAGUUUGUCCGUACUCAAGGAGCCAUGUCGGAUUAGGCGGGGACGCCCAGAGGGUAAACCAAACUGCUGUCCAGACAACGCCAAUAAAGAAGUACUACUCCUCAGCUUGUCUCAUGCCGAGAGUUCAUCGCCGACGAUUGAGCAGCUCGAGAAGAACCGAGAGAGACGCGACAAAGAACAUGCCGAGGGAGUCGCAAAGGGGGUAGGGAAAAGGGAAGCAGAGGAAGAGGAUGACGAGUCCAGCGGCAUCAAGAGGAUCCGCUCCGAGCAUUCGGCGCCUCGGGUGCCUGAAACCUCCGCAGCGAGCGUUCCGUCCGCCAGAGAGACGCAGGAGGCCCCGCAAGCCGUCAGAUGCCGCUUGCCAGCAGGGGAGCAGAGCGAGAGCGAGGCGAAGCUCGGACAAGCCGAGGACGGUUCGACGGACGAGCAGGCGGAGACGCCGGAUGUGGACGGAGUCCCCGAGGACGACCGCUGCCACAGCGGAAAAGCGGCGACUCGCUUUGUCAGUGAGGCGCCUCCCGUUUCCCCCCAUGUGCGUUCAGCGCGGGAGGAGAGCGUGCCGUCGGCGGGGGGCUGGGAAGAGGACGAGGACGUGGACGUGAUUGGCGCCUCCGUCCCUGUGCCCGAGCCGGUCCUCAUCAACUGGUCGUCGGAAGGCGAAGAGGAGGACGGAGACGAGGACAUCGAUGUCGUCUGAGGAAAGGCUCUUUGAGUAAAGAGGUGCUCUAACGUCAGCGCCACUCGCUUCCACUCUUUUUUCUACUCCAUUUUAUGCAGUUGAGAAAAAAAAAAUGGCUCAACGCCGUAGGUUAAAGGUCAGGUUUAGUGUUGGAUGUUAUCAUUUUUUUAUUUCAGCAUGAACGUGUUCCGUGUUUUAUUGUCUUCAUCUCUGUGUACAACCAGAGAUUUACAUUGUUUAGAGACUUACGGGUAAGAUAUGCAGUAUAAUGCAUAGAUGCAAAGACCCUUUAAUCCGUACAGAGCCAACGUAGUUUUAGUUUAAGUGGGUUUAAGCUCUUGAGUUAAAAUGACAGACAAUCAUUCGCAGAUAGAUCUCUUUGUAUUUAGAUAUUUAGCCGUUUAUUUCAUGUGAACAUUUUCAAAGUUGUUACUGCUAAAUCCAGUAAUUUGCAAUUGUUGAGCAGAUAUUUUCUGCAAAGUUUGUUUUAACAGUCGAGUGUUGAAAACAACACUAACCGCCCAGUCAAUAAAUCACGUUAAAUGUUUUACUAGAAUGUGACUGUUUUGGUUGUAAAUUUGAUGAAUGGCGUCAUCUUCUGUUGGGCCACAACUCGUACAUGUUUUUACUCUCAAGUUUUUCCUGUUCAUGUUCCUUGGAGCACUUUUGAGUCUCAUUAAAAAAAUCCUACUUCUGUACUUCCUGCAGCAGCUUUGUUCUGUAGAUGAGGAGUUUAAAAUACGUGUUCAAUUCUGGGGGUGAAAGGUCAGUGUGACCUCACAAAACUUGUUUUUAGCCAUGAUGAUGUAAUUUUAAUGAUUAAUAAUUAAGGUCAUUAUGAAGAUGGUUGACAGGCACCAAGGAUGGAGGCGUUCCACUGACAGGCGAUUCCUGAAAAUGUUUCUGUUUGCAUGUUUUUACCUGAGAUUUAUCUUCAAGCACCAUGCCAGUAAAAAUACUGUAUGUCUUUGGGAUGAAUGAUAACCUUUUUCAUCCCUUAUCCGGUCCUUAACUUCACUUGCAAUAUGUCGAUUGCGUCAUUGAGCACAUUGAAUCAGUAAGGUUCACAUAGUAAAGUUACUACGUUUUAAC